GGUUCAGCAAUAUGGCUGACUUCAGUUUGUUGCUCCGACAACGCUGUCGCAACGCUCACCAACGCUGACUUGAGUAUACGUUCGAGUGGAAAGUGUUUUCCAGUGUUUCCACUGGUGAGAAACAAGUUUUGAGAAACGAUCUCUUGUUCCAGGGCAGCAGUAAAAUUCGAGUGAUAAAAAGAAAAUGACGAGGUUCGGCCUGUCGCAGUGAAGUCGCGGUUGCGAAUGUAACCUCUAUAACCUCGUUUGCGUACGAAAUCGUGAUAGAUCCCGGCCGGUAGAAUGGCGGUUGGCUCGACGAAGGUGGUCCAGGUGACGAACAUCGCGCCUCAGGCGACCAAGGACCAGAUGCAAACUCUUUUUGGAUAUCUUGGCAAAAUCGAGGAUAUCAGGUUGUAUCCAACGAUCAGGGAUGUCGCCGUGCCCGUACAAUCGCGCAUAUGCUACAUAAAGUUCCACGACCAGGGCUGCGUCGCUGUGGCGCAGCACAUGACCAAUACCGUCUUCAUCGACCGUGCGUUGAUAGUCAUCCCAUACCAGAAUGGAGACAUUCCGGAUGAGCAGCGUGCUUUGGAACUGACCAACAAUGGCACAGUUGUACCUGGUCUGUAUCCAUCAGAACCAAAGCUACCACCAAACGUAGUGAAUGCCAUUGAGGGUAUCCCUCCAAAUCAUGUCAUCACCACGAUGGAUCCCAAGCUAGAAGCAAAUGGCCUGCCAUCCUAUCCACACCUGCCAGGUCAUCUGGACAGCAGGCGCAUCGAAGAGAUCCGUCGGACGCUCGUAGUGGCAAAUUUGGAUACAUCGGUGAGCCCUGAGCAGCUGCUGGACUUCUUCAGCAACAACAAUGUGGAGAUCAAGUACCUGCGUAUAUGCAGUAGGGACUCGGACACCGAGCAUUAUGCGCUGGUGGAGCUGUCGGAACAGGCUGCUGUGGUUGCUGCAUUGCUGUUGAAUGGAAAGCAGUUGGCUGAUCGACCCAUGAAGCUGUACCACUCGACGCAAGCGAUCGCUAAACCAGAGGCAAAGAGCAACGAGGCCGCGCAGAAAGAGAUCGAAGAGGCAAUGUCGCGAGUGAAGGAAGCACACAAUCUCAUCUCCGCGGCAAUCGACCCGAUGAUCGGCAUGCUUUCAAAGGAUAAGCGAAGCAGGAGCGGCUCGCGCAGCCGUAAGUCUCGUUCGCGAUCCCGCGGACGCAGCCGACGAUCGAGAUCACGUAAGCGCUCGCGAUCGCGCCAUCGACGCUCGCGUUCGCGUCACCGGCGCCGAUCGCGUUCGCGUUCCAAACGUUCUAGAUCCAAGGACCGCAGGCGCAAUUCGCCAUCGAGACGACGCAGCAGUUCGCGCAGUCGCCAUCGCUCGCGCAGCAGAUCGAGAAGAUCGAGGUCACGUCGCUCACCAUCUAGAUCGAAGGAGCGGAAGAAGAGGUCACCGCGUCGUCGCAGUCGUUCACGUUCACGAAGCAAGGGUUCUACGUCCAGAUCUAGGCGUUCACGUUCCAAGUCGAAGUCUAGAUCGUCCAAGUCUAAGUAUGCUUUGGACAAAUCCAAGGAUAAAGAUCGAGAGAGGCGCAGCAAGGACAAGUCGGAUAACGGUAAGAGAAGCGACAGCGAUCGGGAGAGGCCCGAGAAGGAGAGCAGUAGAAGCGAGAAAAAAUCCAGCAAGGAGAAGCGAUCCAGUGACAAAUCGGACGACAAAGGUAGAUCCGCAACGGAAAACAACGACAGCAAGGAGAAAACGACUGAAUCGGAAAGCUAGACAAAGACUUUAUUCACAAUUUCAAGCUCUUCGUUAAGUUCAACAAGAUAUCUACCUGCUUCUAUCGCUGUGUAUUGGUACAGUAAAAAAUAUAUGGAUAUACAUUUA